AAAUCCCGACUGAGCAUGUUCUCCAGAGUCCAGGUGAAGCGAGUUCUGCAGCGCGUUCCUGGGAAGGAGCGAUUCGGCAUCUACAGGUUUUUGCCAUUCUUUUUUGUUCUCGGAGCAACGAUGGAGUGGAUCAUGAUCAAAAUGCGCGUCGGAAAGGAGACCUUCUAUGAUGUCUACCGUAGAAAAGCCUCAGAAAGGCAGUAUCAGAGAAGGCUGGAAGAUGCAUCAAAGACUGAACUUCAUCCGUCAAUAAAGUGA